AUCUACAUCAAUUUGAUGCGCAUAUUAGUCGAUUUUAACGAAACGAUAAAGUCUGAUAAACAAAAAAUAGAGUGCUUUCAUUAUUGUUUGAAGAAGUUAUCGAGGUACAGAAACUCUAAAUAUUUGAUCAAGAUGUCUAGUAACAGGAAUUCAUCAACAAAUUCUUUCAAUUUGACCAACAUGAGACUUCCCAGGGAACGUAAAAGUUGCCUGAAACGUGCCUUGCAGCAGACAUUGCUUUUACAGGAAGUAAUCAAUAAUUCCACGAUAAAUAAGCUGGAUGAAGUCAUAAAUGAAGCUGAUUAUAUUACUAAUGAAACAAGCAUACAGGAAAAAGUUUCUAAUCAGCAGGAGGUGCUUAUCGAUUCACAAAUGAUGACAUCGUCUUCCAAAGUUCUAAAAACUUGCACGGUCUCGUUGACGAAGAGAUUGCGCGACUAUGACCAUAUUGACUUUUCAAAAAAACUGAUAAAACAUUUGCGAAAAGCAGGAAAGUCACAUUCUCCGAAUUGGUCACUUUUAGAAAGACGGAUAACAAAAUUUUUCAAAAGGAUUCCUAAUAACAGCACACUAUUAGGCACAUUGGAUCCUUUGGAGAAGAAGACAGUACCUAGAAAGAAACCUGAACCGAGAACAGCAUCACAAGCUGCAGUAACAAUACCUGAUAAAAUAGUGUUACAUGCAAAUACAAACAAAGAGGAGGACAGCGUAGAACGUACUGUAAGAAAGAUUAAAAAGUUAAUCACGUGUCACUGUAAAGAGAUGGGAAAACCACUCGAUUUCUUUCAAUUAAUUUUGCACCCCCAUGAUUUUGGACGAACUGUUAGAAAUGUGUUGUACAUCUCUUUCCUUGUAAAAGACGGAGUAGUGGAACUGAAAAAAGAUCACAAAACUCUCACUGUGGAACCAUGUCGUAAGGAAGCAAAUUCACAAGAAAAACGAUCUGGUAGUCGAUUGGGCAUUCAGGGUGUUAUAUCAUUAAACAUGAAGCAAUGGAAAAUGUUAAUAGAAGCAUACAAACUGGCGCAUCCAAUGAUAGACUUUGAUGAAGAAAAAUAAUUAUUAAAGCGUUUUUUUCUUUUUUACUAAAAAAGGGAAAAGAGAUACGUGAUUCUAUUAUAACUUACAUUUAUGGUAUUAUAUUUUCAGUUAAAUAUUAUAUCGUCUUUUCAUAAGUUUAAAUAAAAAUUAUUAAAACGAAA